GCCUUUUUUGCUACAAGCUCACAGAGCGUAAGGACGUGGGGGUGUGAGCCGGUUCCUCCUCCACCAGAAAAAUAAAGUUUCUCUGUGGAGAGAGACUCGAUGCGAGGGCACGCCGCCGAGGAGCGCCAAUCAUUCCAGGAGCUCACGCCGCCGAGCAGCGCAGUGAAGCGGCAGCUGCCGGGCUCUCUUCAGCACACGCCACCGCACACGUCUCCCUCGCCCAUCCCUUACACGUUGCUUCACCUGCGCCCACAGACCCCAGUGGAGCCGUGACACUUGCUCUUCUGUCCUCACCUUGCUCUGAAAGAAUGCAAAAUUUCCACUGUAUAUGGGAUCGUAAGCACUGGGACCAGCGGGGUCCAUUUCCAGCUCUGGCACAAAUCUUGCUCCUGGGCCAGUCAGCUGGAAAGCAGGCAGGUGCAACUCACCUAGGAAGUGCCAGUUCAGACGAUCCCAGACGGUCUGAUCCAGGGCAGCAUCCAGCCUGUUGCCGUCACCGCUGCGCGCUCUCCUCUGCCUUGGCAAUGCAGGCGCUGGCUGUUCUGACCUUCUGCGCGUUCUUCGGGGGGACAAAAAUGGCAGAUUUCAACAUUUCCAGCGUCUCUGGUGUCCUCUCACCAGCACUGGCCGAGAGCCUCCUAAUGGCAGUGCCCCCGUGCCAAUUCACCGGGGCAAAUGCCAGCAUCCACAUCAUACAUCCCAAUGGAACCACAGAUGUCAGGCACUUCACUGUGCCCCUGUGCCGUGGCAGGCGUGAGCUCGUCAGCGUGGUGGACAGCACUGGGGGCUUCACUGUGACCAGACUGGAUGCUUACCAGAUCACAAGACUGACUCCAGGACACACAUACACCAUUUCUUACUCUGUCUUCAACAAAGACCGUUCUGUAUCCAAAAGCAACAGCAUUGCCAUGGGCACUUUGAAUAGAGUGGAUUACAGAAGCAUACCUGCAGACAUGUCACGCAGUGGAGGAAUGGUGGUGAUCACAGUUCUCCUCUCCAUCGCCAUGUUUGUCUUGGUUGCUGGCCUCAUUGCCAUGCUGGCAAUCACGAGAUGCAAGUGAAGCAGGACUGCCUGGACAUGCCGAGACAGUGGCUUCCCCUGCAGAGUCGUGCUGCCAUGAGAACGCGUGAGGGUGACCCGCAAAGGAACACAGCCUGGCUGCUACCUCCUCUUUUUCUCUUUGUUUCUGUUUCUUGUGGGUAGAGAUGCCUGGAUAACCUUCCCUGUAAAGCAUUUUCCUUCUUGUUUGUUACCUUAGAAGCUCAGGCCUUGGCUGCCCUGUUUGCUCUGGAGGCCUGGGAACGAUUGGAGAAUAAGCAGGAUUUUAACAUCUGAUCCGUGUGCACAUUUUGUACUGUACCGAGGUUGGAGGGCGGGUUACCAAAAUAAUUACACUGGUAUAGUCAGCAUGGCAAGAGUGGGAACACUGCAUUUCAGGUGCCUUAUGAUGGUCAAGAUCAGUACUUCUCAACCAUUUUUGUACUAGAACCCAUUUGUAAACAUUGAUGGCCAGUCCCGACCCAAAAAAUAGUUUCAGUAGAAAACAGCUCCAUGGGCCCUCAUGCCUGACCUGCUGCCCCCACCCCCAGGCCCCAGCCCCGCAGUGUGUGGGGCAGGGGAGGCCCCCAAGCAGCCCCUUGCAGGCUGCAACUCUGCCAGCCUUCAAGGGAAAACCCACAGGCUCCCACAUUUUUCUCCUCUAAAGGAGAAUCCACUUUUAAAGUUUAUUCGUGACCCAUUCAUAUAUUCUUGCAACCCACUUUUGAAUCACGACCCGCAGGUUGAGAAAUGGUGGUCCCGAUGAUGCCCCCCCAUAUGCAAGAACAAGCCAUGCUGGUACAAAUGCUUUUAUAAUCUACCCAAGCUAGCAGCUGUGCACGGUUAUGGUCAGAGCAGCGUGACUUUUUACACGCAGGCACGGCCUUAGUAAGGUAAGUGUCAGGAGAUUUCAGUGGGGAGGGAGGGAGGGAGGAGUUGGGAGCAGAUGGGAAGGAUGUGGACCCUUUCAAACUGUCGUUGUUAAUCCCCCUUGAUACCUUAAGGCUCCUGAAGAGGAGGCGUUUGUUAGGGGUUCAGCCCCUCCUCUCCUUCGACGCGGGCUGGACAGAGAUGCUAGGUCAAACCUUUGCUGCUUCCAAAGAGUCCUUCAGUCACAAACAGGACAAACCAGCUUGCCAUCCCCGAGAUGCCUAACACAGAAGCCAAACAAAAAUUAGGGCAAAGCCCUACAAGACUUUCAGCCCUGCUCUAUGGAUAUUAAAAGUAGUAUACAUAGGGUACAAAUCCAUUCCUCUGUGCUGCACAUGACCUUUAACGCUGUAUCCUCCGUUUAAACAAAGUGCUUGGCCAGGCUGGCACUGCAAAGCUUUCCCAGCACAGCUUCAGUGGUUGGGAGGUUAGAAAAACCAUUGUGCACCUUGAGUCUCACUCCCACUGGGCUCCUGCACAGACAUUAGUUAUUGUAGCACCUGUGCUGGCUGCAGCGUCUGGGAAGAGCUGGGAAACGCUGGACUGUUCCUCAUAAGGGAUGGUGGGGAAACGCUCUUUAGAGCAAGAGCUAAGCGUGAUGUCUUUGCUUUCACCUCCUCUCUUAUUUCUUUGGUCUAAAUGCUUUCCCUUAAAGUUCAUGCACAUCUGAUGUAUUAGCGCUCAUCUUCUGCAGGGGGCUCCUCUUUCUGCUGCACCCAAGGAUGGCAGUCCAAAAGGCAUUAAAACAUGAUCUUCUCUUGAAAAGAACGCCUAGCUGGUCUGCUUUUGUGCAUGCUGGUAGCUGGUAAGAUGCAUCCUGAGCCUUCACUACAAAUGAAAACCCGAAGGCGAGCCAAGUAUUUGGCACUGGUUUCAUAAAAGUUUGACUGGUGGCUCACUUUCAGUCACAACUUUUCUUUCUUAAUCACCAAAACCAGUCAACUUAGUUUCAUCACCAGGAAUCUGGGUUUUCCGUUUCCCACGGAAACCCCCU